GCCCUGGCUGUAGAUAGUGGGAUUUUUGAGAAGGUCAGGAAUUCUAUGCAGAGGUGGAAAGGCAUUUCACCACUAAUCUUCAAAUUUUAUUAAAAUCUUCACUGGAAGUAAGACCUUGGCUGUCGGUGUUGGGAUAAAUCCUGGUGCAAUGGGUGAAGGUGGAAACGACAUAUUCCAAAUGCCGACUCUCGGGAGACCUGUCCGAAUAGGAAUGCUGUACGAUCGACGGACUGACACCUUCAUUCCAGGUGUCACUUUAUGGGAUUUGAAUGCCCUCAAAACGAACCUUGAUGUGCAAUUGAAACCCAGCGCAGAGUACAAUAUCAUUAGCUCCGAUGGGGCAUCCUCUUUCGACGUAGAAGCCUCCCUGAAGGCGAGCUUUCUUGGGGGGCUGGUUGAGGUGAGUGGCUCAGCCAAGUAUCUGAACAACAAGAAAACCUCAAGGCAACAAUCCCGGGUUACCCUCCACUACCGAGCUACCACCCGGUUUGAGGAGCUUACCAUGAGCCAACUGGGACCUGAGCACAUCACCUAUCCUUCCGUCUUCAAGCAGGGCUCAGCCACUCAUGUUGUCACGGGUGUGUUGUAUGGAGCUCAGGCCUUCUUUGUGUUUGACCAGGAUCAUUCCUCCACUGACAACGAACACGACAUUCAGGGAAAUCUGCAGGUAAUGAUCAGGAAGAUCCCCACAUUCCAAAUUAAGGGAAAGGGGUCAGUUGACAUGUCAGACGAUGACAAGAAACGUGUGGAGAAAUUCUGCUGCACCUUUCAUGGAGACAUCUUCCUUGACAGGAACCCAGUGAACUACCAGGAGGCUGUUGAAGUUUACUCAACGCUGCCUAAGCUGCUGGGUGAUCACAGAGAGAAUGCAGUGCCUUUGAGAGUCUGGUUGCACCCUCUGAAGAUGCUGGACUUGAAAGCUGCUCAGCUUGCCCGGGAGGUCAGUGUCGGUCUGGUCAAUCAGUGCCAGUGGGUAAUCGAUCAAUUCCAUGACAUCGAGAUGAGGUGCAAUGAUCUGAUCAAAAGCCCAGCUGCAAGGGCCUUCUCAGAGAUCAAGGACAAGGUUCAAACCUUCAGGAGAAUGGUCCUGGAAUUCCAGACCAUCUUCCAGAAACGGCUGGCGCAAACACUGCUCUCCAUCCGCGGAAAGGGACAGGAUGAAAGGAUCCUGGUGGAAAUGUUGGAAGGCACUGAACGAUCUCCAUUCCGUUACUGCCGGCUAGACUCGUGGCUCCAAAAGAGGGAGAAGGAGGGGAGCACAGUGGAUGGAUACCUGGCCAUGUUGGAAGGAGUGGACAUUCUGAGCAAGAGCCAGUUGGUCAGAGCCCUGGCGGAUCCAAUGACUGAGCACAUCGUCUGCUUCACAUUCACCUCACUGGGAACUGAGGACAAUUAUUUACAGGAGCUCUCCAAAUGUCUCCAGACUGAAUGGAAUUUGGCUGAACCAAAUGGCACAUUGGCGGAUGAGGCUGGCCCAUUCGGGGAAGUGUGGUUCGAUGUGGCACCAGUGCUGACACAAAUGAGAAAAUGGGCACAACUGUUCCUCCAGAUUGUGGAGUCAAAUAAAUACAGCCAUGGAACCAAGGGCAGAGAAAGCACCAAGAUCUCAAUAGCUUCAGUCGAAGACAAAACGUGCGCCGGAGCAUCGCUUUUCCUGUAUGUCCAAGGAAUACUGGUGAAUAAUCAAGUGACACUCCUAAAACCAGACAUCCCGUCGAUCAGAUGUGUAACCGAUUCCAGUGUAACACUGCACCUCAAAGCCCCAGCUAACAACAUUGGCCCAGUUCUCUUGUUCAAGGUUGGCUAUCGGCCUGUCGAAGACCACGACUGGUACUGGGCAGAUGCAGAGGGUGGCGUUGAGACAUUUACAGUAGCUGGAUUACAGCCACAUAAGGAAUACUCAUUCAAGUACUUUCCUGUGUAUACGCCAUGUGUAGGAUUGCUCAGUGAUCCCACCACUGGCAUCCUUACACUUUCUGCCUCUCCGCCCACCCAGGUUACAGUCUCCGGUGUCCAGAACACGUCAGUGACCAUCAGCUGGGUUACCCCUGCUCUGGUUGGUGCUGGUGUCAAUAUUGGCCAUUAUGUGGUGGAGUAUCUGGAAAGCCAGAGCCAGGAAGGUGAUUGGAGAGAGCAAAGGACGGAGGGUUUGACCUGCAUGUGCACUCUGGCCAAUUUGUGCGGUGCCACCUCUUACAGAGUGCGGGUGUCAGCAGAUUGCGGCACAGCCGGUCUUGGUGCUCUCAGUCGCGAGGUGGUGGCAGUGACCACCCGGGAGAGAAGCUGGGCUGAGUUGGCAGAAUGUCUGGAGGGAUAACCACUUGGUGAAGAGUGCCACUGCAUACCUGCACACCCUACAGGAAGAGAAUGGUAUUAGAACAGAAAGGAUCCCUAUGUUCGUGUCCUGAGUGGUUCAGGCAAUGGACUGGGAAAUCUCUCCACACAGGUUCAAACCUCACCAACUAGAUCUCUCAUCUUCCCUCACCGAGAGCCCUUGUAGCACAGUGACAGCAUCCCUACCUCUGAGCCAGGAGGCCCAGGUUUAAAUCCCACUUGCUCCAGUAUCAUAACAGGUUAAUCCGAAAAUAUCUAGGACAGCAAGUAGCUGGUGCAAUUUUCUCAUGGGGGAGGCAGGAAUCAGGAAAUAAAACUGAAAAACAAAACACAA